CUCUCUUUCCAGAUAAACCUACAAAUCUCAUCACAAACAUCAAGACAAGAAGUGCAGAAAUAUCUUGGCUGGAUCCUAACAACACAGGAGAUGGAGACCUUACUGGAUUUUGGAUUGAACUGAAGAAAGAGAACUCUCUCAUCCAGAAUAUUACCGAAGAUAACGGAAAUAAAUACGAAUUACACAAUCUCACACCAUACACUACAUACAAAAUAUCAGUCGCUGUUCGAAAUAAUCGUGGUUUUGGUGAAGAGACAAUUACUUCGUUCAUAACAUCUGAAGAAGGUGAAAUAAAAUAGAUAAAAGCGUAGACAACUCAUAGGAACAUUUGUCAAUCUUCAGGGUGUGAAGCUUUCUUUCAUUUCUUACAAAAUCAGCAGUUGCUUUUGCACUUUUGAUAGACUGUUCCUAAUUAUUUAAUGGUAUCUGUAAGUGUUAGCCAGCGUGCAUGGCUGGUUCUGCUAGGGAAGGUACCAUUAUGUGUAAAAAUCAGAUUUUGUUGCAAGUUGCAGCAAUUUUGUUGCCCGUAUUACUCCACCUUUAUGUGGAAUUGCAACAAUUCUCGCACACAAUGGUGAUAUACUCGCAUAUCAUGGCUGAGACUCAGCAGAAUUGUCAUGCAUUUUUACCAACUAAUACAAUAUUUUAUUUUAUAAAAUACCAUAUUAUCGCAAUUAAUUUUUAGCUCCAGAAGGUCCUCCACUGAAUGUCAAAGUGACUGCAGAAAGCUCGUCAUCAUUAUCUGUCACGUGGGAACCUCCAAAAAAAGAAAAAAGAAAUGGCAUUAUCGUCAAUUAUUCUGUGUGUAUCUCACAUGAAGAAAAUAAACUUUGCUUUAAAGAGCAAACUACAAAGCAAAAGAUGUUAGUUAUCAGAAGUUUGAAUGCCUCAACCAAAUAUUAUGUUCGUGUUCUUGCAAGUACUAAAGUUGGUCCUGGAAACUACGGUGAAAGUGAAGGAAAAUUUACCAAUGAAAGUAAGUGGAAAAUGAAGGGCACCUAAAAAAUUUUUCACGGAAAUGUUGGCAACGGGGGAAGGGGGGGGGGGGAGGGCGAAGGGAAGAAAAAAUAAAUGCACUCAUAAUUAAUCAAAGGCCGUUGAGGCCGACUGACAGAUGAGAUCAAAUGAAAGUGACAGAAAGAAUUAGAGCAGUUUGCAGUUGUUUUUGCAAACGGGCACCGUGUGAAUUUUGCCAUUUGUCGUGCUCCAGCUCGAUUUCCGGUUCUGAAAGGCCCGAUUCGCAGGCAAAGAGUGCGCGCCAAGCAGGCUGGUAAUUUCACAUCUGUCCCACACUCAAGUAACCGCGAAGAAUCGCAAAUGUUGCUUUGCAACAUCCGGGACAACCUCGUACCCAGGAUCUUUCUUUGGGAAAGACCCUGGCUGCGGCUGGUCACGUGACUCUUCAAAAUUUGAUUGCCUAAGGGGGUGUGGGCAAAGUAUCGUAUUACAUGCUUCCAUUUGAAAACUAAAAACUUCAUAAUUUCCAGCAAAGGUCGAAUUUAAAUAAGGAGCGGCGAUGAUGUUGGAAUACAUUGCUUUCUUUUACUGCUUGAAAUUUGCGAUUGAAAAUAGUUUGUACCGCGACACGAUAUUAAAACCAAAGCAAAUUAUAUGCCUGGAGAGUGUCUUCUCUCAAAAAGAUGUUAUGUGCGUUCUUCCGACCGGUUAUGGGAAGUCUUUGAUUUUUCAUCUGAUGCCGAUGUUGUUGUUUGCGAAACGCGAGCUGAACAGCGAUUCUUUUGGAGGAAUUUCAUCAGAAGAUGUCAACACUAUUGUUAUUGUAAUCUCACCAUUAAACUCUUUGAUGAGUAAUCAAAUCUCCCGGCUAAGCUUGAGUGGUAUUAGAGCUGCUGUUCUUUCUGUGAAAGUUGGAUCAGAUGAUUCAGACGAAAAUAAUUAUACAAAUCGAUUUUAGCCUCUGUGAAGAAGAUAAGCUGCGGAAUGGCUAUUACCAUAUUGUCUUUGCCCAUCCUGAGUCGUUGAUUUCAAGUAAAUAUGGUCGAGAUUUGUUGUUAUCGAAAACGUACAAGGAGAAUGUCGUUGCAAUUGUUGUGGAUGAGGCUCAUUGCAUAUUGGAUUGGUUAGUACCUUGCUUUUAUUUUCAUCAAAUAUAUGCUACACUUCUCUAGUAUACUGUUUAUACUCGCCAGAUUAUUUGCUCUGUCUAUAUUUGACACUAUGCCAGAUGAUUUUGCUAACCAAAGGGACAGCAAGGGCUGUCAACUGAACAUAAUAUUUGUGGUUUAUUUUAUAGUAUGAUAAAUGUACUUUAUAUAUAAAUCUAAAAAUAUAGAUCUAGAUCUCUGAUUAAUUUAGUUGUAUAUACACUUACAAGUGUUUAAUGCAUGCCAUGCUAACACCAUUUCAUGUAAAAUUGAUGUUGUUAUUGCAGGAGUACUGACUUCAGGAAGGAUUAUUCCAAACUUGGUGUCCUGUGUGCUUUAUUCCCAGACAUUCCAGUUAUUGCAAUGACUGCAACAGGUAGUCUUUCUGACAUGAUAUGCAUUCAGGUGUCACUGGGAUUAAAGAAGUGCAAGGUUGUCGUUGCUAAUCCUGACAGGGCAAAUAUUUUUUACGAAAAAGCUUUUCGUGGCAAAGAUUCUGUUGCUGUUGAAUCCAUCUUGAUUCCUAUUGCCAAAGGACUGUUAAAGGCAAAAAUUGAAUAUCCAUUAACGGUUAUAUACAUUUCACUAAAACUAUGUGGAUUUGCAUAUAAGCUAUUUGAGUCCAUACUGGGAAGUGCGCAAUACUUUCCCAUUGGGUCAGCUCGAAUUCCAGCCAACAGAAUGUUUGCUCAGUUUCAUUCUCCACAGACGAGCGAGAUGAAAGAUGAAAUAUUAAAACAGCUUUGUUCAAGUAGAAGCGCUAUCCGUGUUGUGUUUGCAACUGUGGCGAUGGGAAUGGGUGUGGACAUACCGGAUAUCCGCAAU